GCGGCUCCUCCUCUCCACGCUUCAGACCUGCGGCCACAUCAGCGGGACGCUUGGUCCCCGUUAAAACACUGUGUCCUGUGUCCGGUAACCGGCGCGUCUCCGGUGCUCCGGUUCAUCCUGCUCAUCUGUGUGUGAGCUCUCAGAGGGAGUAACGGGGAGGACGGAGCGGGAGGUGAUGGAGCAGUCCCGUUAAAGUUGAAGCCUGAAGAGAAGCUGAGUGUGUGUGUGUGAGAGUGUGUGUGUGUGUGUGUGUGUGUGUCUCCGGUGCUCCCGCCGCGCUCUGUGAGCGGCUGCUCCCCGCCUCAGAGGCCAUGGGCUGCGGCUUACGGAAACUGGAAGACCCGGAGGACAGCAGCCCCGGGAAGAUCUACUCCACCUUAAAGAGACCACAGGUGGAGACUAAGACUGACACUGUGUACGAGUAUGUGCUGCUGGACUUCAGCCUGGAAGGCAGUCGCCCCACGGUUCAGUAUGUGGCUUCCCUCUCUGAGCUGCCCCAGGCCCUGCAGCCCUACUACACACAAGGCUACGUCCUGGCCGCCCUGCACCCCAUCAUCCUGUCUGUGGGCCGAACCCGCUCGCUGCCCUUCAGUUUGCUCUACAGAGCCAUCCUGGCCCGUCCCAGACCCAGUAAGCAGAUGGCGUCCAUGUGUUACAGCGUGCCCAUGUUGAAGGUGGAGGAGUGGCCGUUACCUGGAGAGUCACUGACGGGCGACACGGUCAGAGCGCUCAUCGACAGGGUGAACAGCAGCGCCCGGGGCGGCGUUCGAUUCGUUGGCUCGGUCCUCCAGCAGGUGAGCGGGAUCACCAACGGCAGGGUGCACAGUCCGAAGAGGGGCUGCCGCUCCCCUCCACGCACCCCUCCUCAUACUCCGCCUGGAGACAGAGAGCUGGAGGAGAACACCUACAGUCCAGACUUGAGGCUGCUGGUCUUCUUCCACUCCUGGGCUCCUGGCUGUGCUCCUCUGGACUCACUGGCCUGUCAGUACCACCAGGGGGCGCUCUCCAUGCGUGUGUCCAGGAAGGGUCAGGUGGUCAGCUCCCUGGAAGCUGAUUGGCUGGAGCUGACUGCCGCCUACUACCGGAAAGGCUGGUCAUUGGUGGACUCGUUCGUCUACUGGGACACGCCUAAAGGCGAGCCGGUGCCACGAUCACUGGAGGGACUGUUUGUGUAUGAGGAGAGAAGCACCUCUCCUCCUGCCAAUGACACCAUCGUCGUGGAGCAGUGGACUGUCAUCGAGGGCUCCAACGUGAAAACAGACUAUGGGCCCCUCCUUCACACUCUGGCAGAGUUUGGUUGGCUGCUCACGUGUGUGCUGCCCACUCCCAUCAUCCGACACGACAGUGAUGGGAACUUGGCCACAAAGCAGGUUGUGUUUCUCCAGCGGCCGGUCAGAAGUCAGGCAGCAGCUCAACCCAGGAACCAGUCUUUAUCUGUGCACAGCGACGUGUCCAGUCGCUCUGUGAGUCGAGCGGUCAGCAGCCCCGUCCCUCCAGAGGAGCUGUCUCCGACCGCCGGAGGCAUCGGGGGCUUCCCGGUGUUCGGAGGAGGGUAUCCCAGCGCCCUGUCUCACCUGGAGGAAGGAGGCUUUGAGCAGGAGGAGGGGAAAGCUGAGGUCACCUGUAUGUGAGCAGGGCAGACGGACGGACGCAGACUGAAGCUGAGGAUUUAAACGUUAAAAAAUGACCUGAACUCUGGGAAAUCCACAGACUGUUGAUCACGUUCAUUUUAACAGAGACUUUAAUGUAGAAGAGCGCCGCACUUUUUAAAAAACGUUUUUAAUGAAGCCAUAAUGAGGUAUUAUUUACAUCUACGUCCAAACUUUUAUAUUCAGAUCUGUUGGGGAGAGACACGGGCACGUCCAUGGGAGACACUUUACACUUUAAUGCUUCUGUUUUUCUGAUGAGUUCAGGUGUUCUUGGGAAAUUGCUCCGUUACUAUAAAGCACAGACUUCUGCACAGUUUGGGAACAACACAGGAGGUGAGAUGAGGAACAGAGGGCUCUACUUUCUUUUGACGCAGCUCACACGUCUUACAGUUUAACACAUUUUUGUUUCCCCUCAGCCUUUUUCUUUAGUGUCACAUCACCCUCACCUCAAACUCACAGCUCCUCUCCUCGUUUGUAGACGGAGGCAGGAUGUGAAUAUUUAUCAGGGAGUCUGUCACAGUUUUCCUGUGCACAUCGGUACUGAAAAUAGUACUGCCUGACAUCAUACACUCACACAGAGAACAGUAUUUUCCUGUGACAUCACAGCCAGCGAGGUGCUACCAGGAACUUUUCAGUGUUGUAAACUGGAGACAUUUUAUAUAUCAGUGUUGACCCCGUCCUCAUGUUUCAUCUGACUGGUGCCAUUUUAAAAUAACUCUGGAAACGUCUCAUCAUGCAUUCAUUUAUUAAGUGUUAUUUUAUAUUUCCUCUGUGAUACUUUCCUCAGACGAGACUGCAGACUGCUGCUUUACAGCUGACAUGGUACUGGACACACACCUGAUACUUUCUCUGUGAGGAUGAAGUAAAGAUGAAGACGAUAUAUUUUAGUUUUAUUUUAAGGGAACUCCACCGAUUUUACACAUCAAAGUUUGUGUGCGGGUUUUUGGGAAGUACGAGUGCAUAUGUGGGAAAAAAGGUUGUAUUGACGAACGGUUGGGGCUGAAGAGAAUCUGUGGAAGCUCAUUUCUGCCAGUGUGAUAAGAAAAGAUCCUGUCAGACAAUAUUAUGAGACUUUCUCAAAUAAAGACUUGUCACAAAAAAAACAGACUAGUAUCUCAAGAUAACAUGAAAGACUUUGUAUCUUAAAAUAAUGUGAAACAAUGCUAAUUCAUUAUUAGAUUUAAGAGUCGCUUUUGAGAAAGUUUUUUAAUAUUUUGAAAUACUAACUCUACAUUGAGAGAGUUCCUUUUUAUUUUGAGGUAAUGAAGUCAUUAUUUUGGGCGAGUUUCUCAUUAUUUUGUGAUACUGGGUAAUUAUUUUUGAGUAAUUAUUUUUUAUUAUAUUUGGAAUAUCUCAUUACGUUGAGAACAUUUCUCUAUUUCAGAAGUGACUUUAAGAAAGUUUGUCAUUAUUUUGAGAUCAGUCAUUUUUGAGAAAAUGCAUAAUUAUUUUGGAACACAAACUGAUUACAAUUAGAAUAUUUAUCUAUGUUUGAGAUAAGUCAUUAUUUUGAGAAAAAUCCUCCUUUUCACAAAGUUUGUCAUUAUUUUGAGAUCAGUUAUAAUCGAGCAUGUUUUCCAACAUUUCUCUGUUUCAAAAUAAGUGAUUUUGGGAAAGUAUCUCAGUUAUUUUGAGAUGCUAACUCGCUACAUUGAGGUUUUUCUAUUUAGAUUUUCAAGUCAUAGUUAUUUAAUGACACUGAGUCAUUGUUUUGAGAGUUUCUCAUUUUGUGAUACUCAAAGUUUCUUAUUAGGUCUCAUUUUGAGAUCCUAUGACUUUAUUUAGACGGAGUCAUUAUUUCAAGAUAAUUAAAGGAUAACCUGCAUUUUUCAACCUAGAUCCUAUUCCCCCAUGUAAAUUAGACAAAUUUUAAAUCUGGCCCAGUAUUAAGUGAACAGAGCAACAGGCUGUAAUGGAGGCACACAGGGCAAUUAACUAUAUGUCCAUUAAAAGUGGUUAUUUUUGCCCCAGAGCGACACAGACUGUUGUUGUAAGUGGCUGAAGCGUCUUUUUACCGUUUGCUUGAUCAGGUCUGUUGUUGCUUUGUUAAGCUAAAGUCUCCUUCUGAAAUAUCACGAGAUGUCACUUGUUGCAGUGGAAAAUUGAGUGUACAUAAAACCGUUGUUCACCUCAGUCUCUUUGACCAAUUUGCAUAAGGACAUAUGGCCCUUGUUGACAAAUGCCAAACUUAUCCUACAAGUCUUUAUUUUUUGAGAUAUUGUCAUUAUUUCCAGACGGUUUCUCAUGACUAAGAUCUUUUCUGUCAUCACAUUGGCAGAAAUGUGUUUCCACAGUAAGACAAGUUUGAAAGUGUGAAGAAAUCUGGGGAUUUGUUAGAAAGAAGUGUUUACCAGACCUCUGCAGGCUUAAUUUGCAGCUACUAGCUUAACACACCCAAAUCUCUUCUGAGCUGUUGGUGGUCGGGUUGCAUUGUGGGUAAUGUAGGCACCAGGUUUAGACCAGGAAGAAUAAUUUGUGAAAUUAAGAGACGACUCCUUUAUAAAAGUGUCCACUGAGUCUGAGAAUGUUUCAGGAGUGAAAGUGUAAAAUCGGUGGAGUUGUCUUUAUUAAACGCCAUGAAAGGGAUGUUGUUUUAAAGAAGAUAUGAUGCUGCUGUAUAUAAAUAUAUUAGAUGUUAGUCAUCAUUGUGCAGAUUCUGACUUACUGUGAUGCAUGUUAUAUUGCGUCUUUGGGGGGAAGUAAUGAGAUCAAAGGAACUGAGAGUAUAGUUUUAGGUUUCUAGUGAUGUACACACACACACACGCCGCCCACAUCUUGACUGCUCCAUGUUUUAAAUGUGUUACGCUCCACAAACUCCCCGUCAGAGUUUACUAAAUGUCAGUAUUAAUAUUCCAGCCUUUCCUUUUUUUGGAGAGUUGUACAUUUUGCCUCCUUUUUUAUUGCAUUAAACACUAUUUCCCAUGGUUUGUGCGUCAUGUCUGAUUAGCAGCGUCUUCUGCAGUGUUGGUUAUGACUCAGUCUGGUUAUGAUUAAUCAACACAAGUGUCAGAUUUCACACCCGUCUGCAGGAAAACACUGAAUAACUUUCAAAUGUCCACACAGCCACCUGAAUAAUAGGUCUUUUUUAUUAACAGACAUCAUGAAAAUGUCGACAGUAACAAAAUUUUUUAGUCCAUUUAAAAAAAAAAGUGGGUUUGGAUUGACAAGACUCCUCCCACAAAAUAACUUAAUGAGGGGGAGGGUAAAAGAAGGGAGGUUGUGCUCCGAUACGUAAAUGUGGCCAAUA